UCUAUGAAAAAAAAACAGAAUCGAAAAUGGCUGGCGGUGAUGUGAUGUGAAUAAAUAAAAUGCGUUUCGUUCUAGUUAGUGAAUAAUUGCAUUUAUUGAUAUUAUUAGAACUGUAUCGCUUGUGGCUGUGUAUUAUUUAAUAUCACAAUGGAGAAAAUUCCUAGGACACACGAAGCCAUAGAAGCUCAGAUAAAAGAAAUACAAGCUAAGAAGAAUGAACUGCCCGAGAAUGGAUCAAAAAAGUCACUGGAAGAUGGAUACUAUGACAGUGACAUCUAUGACAACUCGGGGGGACAAGGCAAGUCGCGGUAUGAGGGCUAUGUGACCUCCAUCGCUGCCAAUGACGAGAUUGAGGAUGAGGAUGUGGAGAAUGUGCCCAUCUCCCGGAAGGGCUCCGGCUACACUGCUCCUGCGUCUUUACUCAAUGACAUUGCACAGAGUGAUAAAGACUAUGACCCAUUUGCUGACAAAAGAAGACCAACCAUCGCUGACAGAGAAGACGAAUAUCGCCAGAAGAGAAGAAGGAUGAUCAUAUCACCUGAAAGAAUGGAUCCCUUUGCUGAAGGUGGUAAAACACCAGAUGUUGGAUCUAGGACCUACACAGAAAUUAUGAAAGAGCAGUAUUUAAGAGCUGAGGAAACUGAGUUGAGAAAAAAGCUAAUAGAAAGAGCUCGAGAAGGAACCCUCAAACCAGUAGCUCAGUCAAAUGGCGAGGCGGCCAAGCCUGCGCAAGCCAAGCGAAAGGGGCGCUGGGACCAGAGCUCUGAAGACACACCCACAGUGAAGAAACCCACCCUCUCCAUCUCAACCACACCAAGUUCACAAGCCACACCUUCAUGGGAAAAUGAGCGCGGUGCAUGGGAAGAGACACCCGGAGCCACGCGCGGUGGAGAGACGCCCGGCGCGACGCCGUCAGCCCGCGUGUGGGACGCCACCCCGGGCCACGCCACGCCCGGCCACGCCACGCCCGGCCGCGAGACGCCCGCGCAGCACGCCUCGCGCAGGAACCGGUGGGACGAGACGCCCAAGACUGAUCGUGAAACCCCCGGCCACAACAGCGGCUGGGCCGAGACCCCGCGCACGGACCGCGGCGCCGGCGUCGACACGAUCCAGGAGACCCCCACGCCGGGCACCAAGCGACGCUCGCGCUGGGACGAGACGCCCGGCGCCACGCCCGCGCCCGCCACGCCCACGCCCGCGCACGCCACGCCCAGCCACGCCACGCCCAGCCAUGCCACGCCCAGCCACGGCACGCCGCACACCCCGCACACGCCUGUUUUCACUCCCGGCGGCUCGACGCCGGUGGGCGUAAAAGCCAUGGGUCUGGCGACGCCCACGCCCGGGCACGUGGCGGCCAUGACGCCCGAGCAGCUGCAGGCGUACCGCUGGGAGAAGGAGAUCGACGAGCGCAACCGCCCCUUCAGCGACGACGAGCUCGACGCCAUGUUCCCAGCCGGGUACAAGGUUUUACCGCCCCCUGCCGGUUACGUUCCGAUUCGGACGCCGGCUCGUAAGCUGACCGCUACGCCGACGCCGCUGGCCGGUACCCCAAUCGGAUUUUUCAUGCAGACGGAGGAGGCGGGCGGGUCGGCGGCGGCGGCGGCGCGCCUGCUGGACCCGCAGCCGCGCGGCGCCUCGCAGCUGCCCUUCAUGAAGCCCGAGGACGCGCAGUACUUCGACAAACUGUUGGUGGACGUCGACGAGGACGCGCUCUCGCCCGAAGACCUCAAGGAGCGCAAGAUCAUGAAGCUGCUGCUUAAGAUCAAGAACGGCACGCCGCCCAUGUGCAAGGCCGCCCUGCGUCAGAUCACGGACAAGGCGCGCGAGUUCGGCGCCGGCGCGCUGUUCAACCAGAUCCUGCCGUUGCUGAUGAGCCCCACGCUCGAGGACCAGGAGCGACAUCUGCUGGUCAAGGUCAUCGACCGGAUACUGUACAAGCUGGAUGAUCUGGUGCGCCCGUAUGUGCAUAAGAUCCUGGUCGUCAUCGAGCCCCUCCUCAUCGACGAGGACUACUACGCGCGCGUGGAGGGCCGCGAGAUCAUCUCCAACCUGGCCAAGGCGGCCGGGCUCGCCACCAUGAUCUCCACCAUGCGGCCCGAUAUAGAUAACAUUGAUGAGUACGUGAGGAAUACGACGGCUAGAGCGUUUGCCGUCGUGGCUUCUGCUUUGGGAAUCCCGUCGCUCCUGCCGUUCUUAAAAGCCGUGUGUCGUUCCAAGAAGUCGUGGCAGGCGCGCCACACCGGCAUCAAGAUCGUGCAGCAGAUCGCCAUCCUCAUGGGCUGCGCCAUCCUGCCGCACCUCAAGUCGCUCGUCGAGAUCAUUGAACAUGGUCUAGUGGACGAGCAACAAAAAGUCCGCACCAUCACAGCCCUGGCGAGCGCGGCGCUGGCAGAGGCCGCCACGCCCUACGGCAUCGAGUCCUUCGACUCGGUCCUCAAGCCCCUCUGGAAGGGUAUCCGCACGCACCGGGGCAAGGGACUCGCGGCUUUCUUGAAGGCUAUCGGAUAUCUGAUCCCGUUGAUGGAUGCUGAAUAUGCGAACUACUAUACGAGGGAAGUGAUGCUGAUCCUGAUCAGAGAGUUUCAGUCGCCCGAUGAGGAGAUGAAGAAGAUUGUGUUGAAGGUAGUGAAGCAGUGUUGCGGCACGGACGGCGUGGAGCCGCAGUACAUCAUGGACGAGAUCCUGCCGCACUUCUUCAAACACUUCUGGAACCACCGCAUGGCGCUCGACAGACGCAACUACCGACAGCUCGUCGAUACCACUGUGGAGAUCGCUAACAAGGUCGGCGCUUCCGAGAUAAUAAACCGCAUCGUGGACGACCUCAAAGACGACAACGAGCAGUACCGCAAGAUGGUGAUGGAGUCCAUAGAGAAGAUCCUGGCCAACCUCGGCGCGGCUGAUAUAGACUCCAAGCUCGAGGAGGCGCUCAUCGAUGGCAUAUUGUACGCCUUCCAGGAGCAGACCACUGAGGACGUGGUAAUGCUGAACGGGUUCGGCACGAUCGUGAACCAGCUGGGCAAGCGCGUGAAGCCGUACCUGCCGCAGAUCUGCGGCAUCAUCCUGUGGCGCAUGAACAACAAGAGCGCCAAGGUGCGCCAGCAGGCCGCCGACCUCAUCUCGCGCAUCGCCGUCGUCAUGAAGACUUGUCAGGAGGAAAAACUCAUGGGUCACUUGGGUGUGGUGCUGUAUGAAUACCUCGGAGAAGAAUACCCCGAGGUCCUGGGUUCCAUUCUCGGCGCGCUGAAGGCGAUCGUCAACGUCAUCGGUAUGACCAAGAUGACGCCCCCCAUCAAAGAUCUGCUGCCCAGACUUACGCCUAUUUUGAAAAACAGACACGAGAAAGUGCAAGAGAACUGCAUCGACCUCGUCGGUCGUAUCGCGGACCGCGGGCCCGAGUUCGUGUCGGCGCGCGAGUGGAUGCGCAUCUGCUUCGAGCUGCUCGAACUGCUCAAGGCGCACAAGAAGGCCAUCCGCCGAGCCACUGUGAACACCUUCGGGUAUAUAGCCAAGGCUAUCGGGCCGCAUGAUGUGUUGGCGACGCUGCUGAAUAACUUGAAGGUGCAGGAGCGGCAGAACAGAGUGUGCACAACAGUGGCCAUCGCCAUCGUGGCGGAGACCUGUUCCCCGUUCACGGUGCUGCCGGCGCUGAUGAACGAGUACCGCGUGCCCGAGCUCAACGUGCAGAAUGGAGUGCUCAAGAGUCUGUCCUUCCUGUUCGAGUAUAUAGGGGAGAUGGGCAAGGAUUAUAUCUAUGCGGUGUGCCCGCUGCUUGAAGACGCGUUGAUGGACAGAGACCUGGUGCACCGUCAGACCGCGUGCGCCGCCAUCAAGCACAUGGCGCUCGGGGUGUACGGGUUCGGCUGCGAAGACGCACUGGUGCACUUACUGAACCACGUGUGGCCCAACAUCUUCGAGACCUCGCCCCACCUGGUGCAGGCCUUCAUGGACGCGGUUGAAGGCAUGAGGGUCGCGCUCGGACCGGCCAAGAUACUGCAGUAUGCGCUACAGGGCCUGUUCCACCCGGCGCGCAAGGUCCGCGACGUGUACUGGAAGAUCUACAACACGCUGUACAUCGGCGGGCAGGACGCGCUGGUCGCCGGCUACCCGCGCCUGCAGAACGACCCCAACAACCACUACGUGCGCUACGAGCUCGACUACUUGCUGUAGGCUAGGGUAGGCUAGUGAGGGUGAGGCCGCAUUGGUGCGAAGUGGCGCGAGCGGGCGUGGCAUAAAAAAUGAUUAGAAGACGACGCGAUGCAACGCACUAAUGGGGUUUGUCCUAAGCGUGUGGAAAUUGUAUUUAGUUGGAUGGUGGAUGAAAAUGUUAAUAUUUUAACACCCCUGAGUGGGGGCGUUGAGGCAAUGAUUGGUUUUUGUACAGCCGUAAGUUCUUAUGAUUGUUACUGCACAAUACAUACAGGGUUUGAUCGAGAUCUGAGAUCUAACCUGUGGUUUCAAAUAUGACCUGUUUUACAAGGCUGAAUCUGUGUUUAGGUAAGCUAGAUGAUUAAUAGGUUUCCAGUUAAUCAUUAAAUGAGAAGUAAACGCAAAAACUUUGACGUUUUAUCUGAUACAGUCUAUCAGCACUUGUUGCUGCCUCCCCAGUAGGAAAAUUGUUCGCUGCCUGAGUUAGCGGUGUAUCGUUUUAGUAUGUUAAAUGUUCACAAUUUGCUAGUUUUGGGCUCAAUCGACGCAAUUUAUAAGCGAACAGUUUGUCUACUGGGGACACAUUGAAGUUGAAUUUUGGUAGGUUUUUACAUGGUUAGGCUAAUGCAAUAAUAAUAACAUGUGGUGUAGGUCCGGAAUUGAGUUACGAUAUCUAAGAACCAAAUAAAAUAUUAACAUUUUCACAGCAACAUAAAGCUUAAUUUUGGCUGCAGAAUAUUUAAAGUUCAUACAAAAACCAAGUAUACCUUUCAUCCUGCCUGAUAGUAGCAGUAUUACUUUUGAAAACGUAAUAUUUUGUAGCUAAAAUUAACUCAAAGCAUUUCGCAAUAGAAACUAUUAUGUUCUUCAGUAAAAGUGAUAAAUAAAAAAUUUAAA